UUGGUGGUGGUUGAGGAGGUUGGUGGUUGAGGAGGUUGGUGGUGGUGAUGUCCCGCGUGUGUCUCGCUGUGUGCGCCGCCUCCUUCUUGGCGCUCCUCGCGCUGAUGGAGGCGCCGCGGGCCGCUGAGCCCGGGAGGCGCCGCGCGGAGCCUCCCUACCCCGGGGCGCUGGCCCGCAACCUCGCGUGGUUCCUGCAGAUCUCGGAUAUUCACAUCAGCCGUUUCCAAGAUCCCGCACGUGCCUCUGAUCUGGAGCGCUUUUGCACCGAGGACUUGGACGUCCUGAAGCCAGCGCUGGUUCUUGUUACCGGUGACUUGACGGAUGCAAAGACGGAGAAUCGCGUGGGGUCCAUGCAGUACGAGGUGGAGUGGCAGGCCUACCAGACUGCACUCAAGCGCUCGCGUGCUCUGGAGAAAACCGUCUGGAUUGAUAUUCGCGGCAACCAUGAUGCCUUUAACAUACCUUCCCUGCACAGCAUCCAGAAUUACUACAGGAAGUAUUCGGCCCUGGGAAGGGAAGGCCCCUUCCGCCACGUCCUCACCACACCGUUCGGAAACUACUCCUUCAUCUGUGCUGACGCUACGCUCACGCCAGGACCCAAGCGGCCAAUCAAUUUCUUUGGGAUCCUUGACCAGGCCAAGAUGGAGGAGCUAUCUCGACUGGAGGAGGAGAGCCAAAGCAGCAACCACACCUUUUGGUUUGGGCACUACACCACCUCCACCAUCGUGUCCCCACACCCGGGCAUCCGCCAGCUCAUGAGCCGAGCCUCUGCGUACCUGUGCGGGCACCUGCACACACUGGGAGGACUGGCACCCGUGAUGCACACGCGGCACAGCACCGGCAUGCUGGAGCUGGAGCUGGGAGACUGGAUGCACAACCGCAGGUACCGCGUCAUGGCCAUGGAUCACGACCUGCUGAGCUUCGGGGACUUUGAGUUGGACCGCUGGCCAGUGGUGCUCAUCACCAACCCCAAGGCGGCGCUGUACAGCCGGGCCACACGCGAGCCGCUUGGUCGUAUGAAGAGAUCCAGUCACGUCAGGGUGUUGGUGUUCUCUCCUGUGCGUGUGCUGCGCGUGUCCGUGAGUGUGGAUGGCGCGCCGCUGGGAAACGCGAGCCGGGCUGCGGGGGACGCCCCACUCUACGUCCUGCCCUGGGAUCCACAUCUGUACGCAAAUGGAGCGUUGCACCGCAUCGCCGUCUCCACCGUGGAUGCGGCUGGCCGGGAGAGCCGUGCGGAGCAUGACUUCUGGCUCUCGGAGGAAGACCCUGGGUUGAGCUUCUCCGUGUGGCCAUCUGCAAUCCUCCUCAUGGACCUGCACACCCUGGGCUGUGUAGUCUUCUUGCUGUGCUCCCUGCUGCACACACUGGUGCUGGCGCUCGUGCGCUACCACGGCUUCCCUUCCCUGCUGGCGUCGUCGGGGUGGCUGGCGCGGUGCUACCACUCCUUCUGGCUGCUCUGCCGCAGCGACAGACUCUUCUACCCGCUCUUUGUGCUCUCCGUCUACACAGUGAUCGGACCGUGGUUCGUCGGAGAAAUGAUCGAUGGCAGCUACGGUGCUUGUUUCUCGUUCGGCAUCGUCACCGGAGAGAAGUUUUUCCAGAGCGGCUUGACGUUCUACAUGGGUAUCUUUCAGGUGCUGUUCUUCAACGUGCCGCUCACGCUCUACUCCUGCUGGGUGCUGCGCCUGCGUGCGUCCACGGGCCUCGCGUUCGGGUCGCACGCCCGCGGCACCGCGGGACGCUGCCGCACGCUGCUGGUGCACGUGCCGGCCCUCGCCCUGCUGGCGUGGCAGGCGCAGGGCGCCGCGGCGACUCUGCAGGCAUACGGGGCGCUGGCGUUUGUCCUGAGCCCCAUGCGCACGUGGACGCUGGUGCUGGCCGUGGUGCUGGCGCAACGAUCGUGGACUUGGGACUGCACGGUGCCGUGUGCCACCCGCAGGGACAGCUGAGUACGCUGGAGCUGACCGCUUCCCUUUUAGUUACCCAAAACGUUCGAAUGAAAACAAAUACACCAGGAUAUUUAAUAAAUUACUUUAUACGCAGGCAAACUGCGCCUAGCGCUCAAGGUGCAUUCCUAGAGAAGUGAGCACUACUCGAAUCAGUGCUAAAAAGGGGUCAUAUCAUUGUAUAUAUAGGGAUGCGUUCCCAACAUCGUUAUUUCGUAUGAGCAAUGUAUGAGGGCUUCAUUGGAGUAUGAGUAAUCACGAUAAGAAUAAUACAGAUGGUAAACUUUUGAUGAAUGAAAAUUAUUUAAUAAAAUAACAUCAGUAAGUAUUAUGUACUGUACUCGUGAGUGCAUUCUACUGUACUCUUUCUACAAGGCAGUGGUAAGAGAGGUUAUAGGAGCUGUUGCUGCUGCACUCCCGAUCUGCAUCAAUCUCAGAGAAGAGCUCCAGGACCUCCGUGCUGGUCUUAGCGAUGCCCUCAAUCUAUAUUUCUGUGGCGAGGUUUCUCUUCGGUGGUGCUUGAGACUCUAUCCUGGUGUCGUGAGUUAUGACCUGGCUAAACAUGCUGGCUGUCACCUGAUGAAGCUAGUUGUAAUUACUGGCGAAACAUCGUACUCAGAUUUUAAAUGUUGUGGCUUGGCUCUGCAACAUACGGGUGUGCUGUACUAGUGACGAAUUGACAUGUUCUGUU